UUCGUAGGGAUCAAAGGUUGGCCGCCUCCAAGAUGGCGUCCUCCAUGGAACUCAGCUGCUGGGGCGGCGGCUGGGGGCUGCCGUCCGUACACGCGGAGUGCCUCGUUGUCAUGGUGACGGCGGCCUAGCGGCCAGAGCGGGCAGACACAGGCCUGGCUGACAGUGGGAGGGGGGCGGCCCUUUGGUUUGGGGGCAUCGCUGGCCACCAGGGCUUUGGGCUUCCUUCUGAAGAUGCUUUAGCUGAGGGAUGGGUGACUGGGUGUCCUCCCCGCCAAGGAGGAGGGCAAAGCCCCUCGGAAUGGGAGGAAGAAAGGGAGGGCAUAUGGCCUCUUCCAGCUCUAUAUUCUAUGGCCAAAGGAAAGGCUCAAAAGACUCCUAGACAGGCUUAUGCCAGGUUUUCUGGUGCACCGCUGAAGGUGAAAGUUAUUGAUCAUUGUUGGAGAGCACCAAGAGGCAGUGUGCCAUUGUUGAUAUUAGAUGACACUGUUAUUUCUCAGCCAGCAAAAAUAUUAAACUUCUUAAGAAAACAGAAAUACAAUGCUGAUUAUGAACUGUCUACAAAAGAAGGAGCUGAUACACUGGCAUAUAUUGCACUACUUGAAGAAAAACUACAUCCUGCUUUGAUGCACACUUUCUGGGUUGAAGCUGAUAAUUACUACAAUGUGACAAAACCAUGGUUUGCUUCAAGGAUUCCAUUUCCAUUGAGUUGGUAUCUGCCUCGAAAAAUGGCCGGGGAAGCGCUUAAUAGGAUCUUGCUGACAAAAGGGGGCCCUCCACUCUUCAGCAUUGCUGAAGUGGAAGCACAGAUUUACAGAGAUGCCAAAGAGUGCCUGAAUCUUCUGUCACACAGAUUGUGGACAUCUCCAUUUUUCUUUGGAAAUAUGCCUACAACUCUGGAUGCCUUUGUGUUUGGUUUUCUUGCUCCUCUCUAUAAAGUACCAUUUCCUAAAGUCCAGUUACAAGAUCAUUUGAAAUUGCUUCCCAAUUUGUGUCGCUUCUGUGAUGACAUUCUCAGUUGCUACUUUAGACUACAAUUAUCAGGUGUCUCUCCAGUGGGUCAAGACACAGUUGAUGCAAAUCUGCAGAAACUCACACAGCUUGUAAAUAAGGAAUCCAUCCUGAUUGAAAAGAUGGAUGAUAAUCUUCGAAAGAGCCCUCAGCACCCUCCACGUAAGCUGACAACUCUCAAACUGUCUAAAGCUGGGGAAGGAAAUAGUUCCCCAAAUCGCUUAUCACCCUGAGAGUUUUCAUGUCAUAUUUAUAUGGGUGUUCUGAUACAAUGUUUUGUUCUAAUUGAUCUUUGCACUAAUUGUGUAUGUACGUGAACAUAGGGAGAAAGGUGGAUUGAUUAAUUGGAGCCAGCACAAUCUCUUAACCAGUGCAUCCUAUGGAUAUAAUGGAAACUGUAAAUGUCCAAGCUGACCGCUUACAAAUUGUUGACUGAUUGUACUGUAUGGUAUAAGGUCACCUCAGGUGCUGCAUAAUGCUUGCCUUUUAGGGUUAGUACAUUGCUUAACCAAAAGGUAGAAUUCUGUCCUUGGAAAUAAUGCAAAUACAUCAGUCUCUUUUGUCAGAUUAAGCUUCAUUUUUGUCUGCAAUCAUGUUAUGGCUCGAACGGGUUAUUGUGUGUCAGAAUAGUUUCUUUAAUCACCACUUUUUAUAGAUUUUUAAUGUGGUUAAAAUAGUUUAGGGAAAUCAGAUUGUCAACAAUGGGGUGAAACAGAUGGGACAGUAGGAGUGGCCAGAGACUGCUCCUGUCCCAAUUGCCAUGGGACAGUGGCAGCCAGAUAAAUAAAUAAUAAUAAAUAAAAUUUUUAUUUAUAUGCCGCCCUUCCUCCGAUCAGGGCGGCUAACAACAUAUUAAAAUACAAACCAUUACAAUAAAAACCACUUUUAAAAACAAAC